ACCAAUCAAGACACGUCAUUAAACAUAUAUGGAAGUGCGAUGAGACCUUACUAGAGAAGUGUACUGCUACAGGUAACGUUAUGAUUAAUUACUGGAAGAAUAACUUGUCAUCCAAAUUUCAAUUAAAAACAGAUGUACUGUGAUUUCUGCCACGUCAACCUAUGCAUCGCCUGUAUAGGAAAACACGUUGCUGAUGACUAUCAAAAACACAUAGUGGUACCAUUCCAAAACCGAAAAUCUACCUUGAUCUAUCCAAAGUGUAGUACACAUCAAAACAAAGUUUGUGAAUUACUUUGUAAGGAAUGUGACAUGUCUGUCUGUUCCUUGUGUACUACUAUAUCUACAGAUAAACACAAGGGCCAUACAUUUUCCAUUCUUUCUGAAAUCUACAACAACAAAAAAGCAGACAUUAUGAAAGAUUCAGAGGAGAUAGAAAACAUUAUUUUUCCAACAUAUGAAGAAAUGGCCACUGAUUUAGAAACUCAAAUAACCAACUUGGAUGGGGAAUAUGCAAAAUUCAAGACAGUAUUCACAAAACAUGGAGAGAAAUGGCACAAAGAAAUUGACAAUGUCAUCAACAAAAUGAAAAAUGAAAUAGAAGAGAUGAAAAUCAAACACCUGGAAAUUCUGAAGAAACAUUUGGAUGAAAUUAAGCAGAUACAGUCCCUUAUUGAGCAAUCACUGAUUACUCUGGGGAAAAUGGAGGAAUCCAAUGAAGUGUCUGUGACCAUGGAAUACAGAUCCCAAAACAAAGAAUUCAGAAAACUUCCUCCCAAAGUCCGAGUCUCACUGCCUACAUUUAGUCCAAACACGAUAGACAGUGAACAGCUUUACAAGUCACUGGGAUCUUUGAUACCAUUAUCAUUUACCACAGAUAAAAAUGGCUACACACUGAAGAAAGCAAAAACCUCACCCAAAGAACUCAUGGAUGAACCAGAGCUUGUCACUACAAUAAAUACUGGGUAUGAAGGUCUCCGCAGUGUUACCUGUCUGAGUGAAGAAGAAUUCUGGACAAGUGCAGAAGUCGGUGAUAUGAAAUGCUUUAAUGUUCAAGGUACAGUUAUCAAUACAAUCAAAACAAAAUCAGGGGGAUGGCCACGUGAUAUAGCGGUGACAAGUGAUGGGGAUCUAGUGUACUCUGAUAGUACAACAAAUACUGUGAAUAAAGUGAAGAGUGGACAGACAGAGGAGGUGAUCAGACUACAGGGCUGGAGACCUGGCAAUCUCUGUGUCACCUCCUCUGGUGAUCUCCUGGUUACCAUGUACAGUGAUGAUAAAACACAAUCCAAAGUUGUCCGUUACUCAGGUUCCACAGAGAAACAAACAAUCCAGUAUGAUGAUGAGGGGAAGCCUCUAUAUUCAGGAAAUAAUACAAUUAAAUACAUAAGUGAGAACAGAAACCUGGAUAUCUGUGUGGCAGACUCUGAAUCUGGUGCAGUAGUGGUGGUCAACCAGGCCGGAAAACUCCGAUUUAGAUACACUGGUGACUUAUCUAAUGCUAAAACUGAAGCAUUCAAACCCCGGGGAAUCACAACAGACAGCCAGAGUCAGAUCCUGACAGCAGACCGUGGUAACCACUGUAUCCACAUCCUGGACCAGAAUGGACAGUUCCUCCGCUAUAUAGAUAACUGUGAUCUGAAGAAUCCAUUCGGUUUAUGUGUGGACAAAAGUGACAACUUGUUUGUUGCUGAGUAUUUUAGUGGAAAUGUGAAGAAAAUCAAAUAUUUACAAUGAAUACUAUUGUUUAUAGCCACGUUAGAGACUUCAAAGUAUUGAGAUAAAUGGUUAAAACUUAUUUCAUCUGUCAGGAUGUGUGGAGAAUGAUUCGGAGAUUUCGAAAUGUCAAUUGUGGACACUCCACUCCAGACUUCACUCCCUGUCCCAUCUCUGUAAAUUAUCUGGAUGACAAAUUAUGUAAUAACAUAUAGAGUAGCCAUGGACCCUCACCGCAGUGCCCAAGAUGUUGUCCGAUGUGACCUAUGUGAGACGGCUAUAGUACAGAUGUACUGUGAUUUCUGCCACGUCAAUCUAUGCAUUGCCUGUAUAGGAAAACACAUUGUUGAUGACUAUCAAAAACACAUAGUGGUACCAUUCCAAAAGCGAAAAUCUACAUUGAUCUAUCCAAAGUGUAGCAGACAUCAAACCGAAAAAUGUAAAUUUCAUUGCAAGGAAUGUGACAUGUCUGUCUGUUCUUUGUGUACUAUAUCUGCAGAUAAACACAAGGGCCAUACAUUUUCCAUUCUUUCUGAAAUCUACAAGAACAAAAAAGCAGACAUUACAAAAGAUUCAGAGGAGAUAGAAAACAUUAUUUCUCCAACAUAUGAAGAAAUGUCCACUGAUUUAGAAACUCAAAUAACCAAUUUGGAUGGAGAAUAUGUGAAAUUUACAACAGUAUUCACAAAACAUGGAGAGGAAUGGCACAAAGAAAUUGACAAUGUCAUCAACAAAAUGAAACAUGAAAUAGAAGAGAUGAAAAUCAAACACCUGGAAAUUCUGAAGAAACAUUUGGAUGAAAUAAAGCAGAUACAGUCCCUUAUUGAGCAAUCACUGAUUACUCUGGGGAAAAUGGAGGAAUCCAAUGAAGUGUCUGUGACCAUGGAAUACAGAUCCCAAAACAAAGAAUUCAGAAAACUUCCUCCCAAAGUCCGAGUCUCCCUGCCUACAUUUAGUCCAAACACGAUAGACAGUGAACAGCUUUACAAGUCGCUGGGAUCUUUGAUACCAUUAUCAUUUACCAGAGAUGAAAAUGGCUACACACUGAAGAAAGCAGAAACCUCACCCAAAGAACUGAUGGAUGAACCAGAGCUCGUCGCUACAAUAAAUACUGGGUAUAAAGACUUCCGCAGUGUUACCUGUCUGAGUGAAGAAGAAUUCUGGACAAGUGCAGAAGUCAGUGAUAUGAAAUGCUUUAAUGUUCAAGGUACAGUUAUCAAUACAAUCAAAACAAAAUCAGGGGGACCACCAAAUGAUAUAGCGGUGACAAGUGAUAGGGAUCUAGUGUACUCUGAUAGUACAACAAACACUGUGAAUAAAGUGAAGAGUGGACAGACAGAGGAGGUGAUCAGACUACAGGGCUUGAUACCCACUCAACUCUGUGUCACCUCCUCUGGUGAUCUCCUGGUUACUGUGUACAGUGAUGAUCAAACACAAUCCAAAGUUGUCCAUUACUCAGGUUCCACAGAGAAACAAACAAUCCAGUAUGAUGAUGAGGGGAAGCCUCUAUAUUCAGGAAAUAAUAAAAUCAAAUACAUCAGUGAGAACAGAAACCUGGAUAUCUGUGUGGCUGACACAGAAGCUUGUGCAGUAGUGGUGGUCAACCAGAAUGGAAAACUCCGAUUUAGAUACACUGGUCAUUCUUCUACUACCAAAAACAAAGCAUUCAGACCGCGGGGAAUCACAACAGACAUUCAGAGUCAGAUCCUGACAGCAGACCGUGAUAACCACUGUAUCCACAUUCUGGACCAGAAUGGACAGUUCCUCCGCUAUAUAGACAACUGUGAUCUGAAUAAUCCAUUCAGUUUAUGUGUGGACAAAAGUGACAACUUAUUUGUUACUGAGUUUAAUAGUGGAAAUGUGAAGAAAAUCAAAUAUCUACAAUAAAUACUAUUGUUUAUAGGCAAGUUAGAGACUUCAAAAUAUUUGAGGUAAAAAUGGUUAAAACUUAUUUCAUCUGCCAGGAUGUGUGGAGAAUGAUUCGGAGAUUUCGAAAUCUCAAUUGUAAACACUCUACCCCAGACUUAACUUCUUUAAAUUAUCUGGAUGACAAAUUAUGUAAUGUAUGUCCAACUUCUAAAACACAACAAAUAACAAACUUUGCUGAUAGCAGAUCUUAUUGGAAUGUUAUCUCACAAAUCAAGUUGUAUGAUGGCAGCAUCCUAUCAUUCCUAUGUUAGACAUUUUUAUGGCCUGGUAUGAAUAUACCCGGGUCAUGUAGUGUUUGUCAUGUCCGUCCUUCUGUCACACUUUGUGUUUAGCUCAGUUUCAAAGAAACUAUACAAGAUGUUUUCAUCAAACAUUACAUUCUGAUACAUAUUAGUAUCAUCUAUACAACUGCAUCAAUAAUUUUGACCUUGACAUUUCCUGUGACCUUGACCUCACUUUUUCAUAUUUGAUGUUUAGCUCAGUUAUAAAACAAGUAUUCAAGUAUUGACACUAUUUUUAUGAAAACUCUUACACUGAUGCAUAUUAGUGGUAAAAAUUCAACUGUGGCAUUAUUAUAUGACCUUGACCUUCCUUGUGACCUUGAUAUCACUAGUUCCUAUUUUGGUGUAUAGGUCAAUUUCAAAGCAGCUAUUGACAAUAUUUUAUGAAACCUUUUACACUGAUACAUAUUAGUGGUAGCUAUUCACUGUGGUAUUAUUUUAUGACCUUGACCUUCCCUAUGACCUUGACCUCACUAUUUCCUAUCUUGGUGUAUAGCUGAGUUUGAAAGCAAUUAAUGAAGAUUGUUUUCGUCCCUUUCUUAAUAUAGCCAGGACAUAUAAUAGAGGAUCAGAUUUACAAGUCAAAUUUUAAUUAUACCCCACGAAGUUGCGAAGGGUGUAAUAUUUUUGAACCGUCCGUCAUCCCUGUUUUGUUAGCGCAACUCCUUUGAGAACAUUCAACAGAAGUUUGUGAAACUUUGUAGUUAAUAAGGACACACUGUGUAGAUGUGAAUAUUCCCAGGAAAUUCAGAUUCAAUAAUUUUUCUGGCAGUUAUGCAGUGCCCCUUUUGAACUUAGAAUUUCGAGCCCGUUUGUCCUGUUCUUGUCAGCGCAACUCCUCUGAGGCCGCUCAACAGAAUUUCAUGAAACUUUGUAGCUAAUGAGGACACACUGUGUAGAUGUGCAUAUUCCCAGGAAAUUCUGAUUCAAUAUUUUUUUUCUGGCAGUUAUGCCCCUUUUGAACUUAAACACAACUCAGAUUUACCUAUAUAAAGGCUAGCACCACACCAGACUAAGUUCACUAAAGGUUUAAACCCUGAUACUAACACAACAAAGUGUAUUCCCUAUUGUGAAAACACUGCAUUUCUCUUCUAAUUCAUGAUAUGGUGAAUGAAAAAGUGUGCAGCAAUUUUCUGUCUCUAUUAAAAAGCUAUAAAGUUUUUUUUACAUGAAGAUAUUUCCCCUUCAAUCGCACCUAUGGUCAUCCUUAAUCUGCAUGAUUUUCUUUAAAGAAAAAGGGUUUAGGAUUUUGAUUUUCCAUUGUGAAUGGGGACAGAAUAUCAAGCCAUAAGAAGGUAGCGAUACACCGUGAUUUGUUUUUUUUUAGCUCACUUGAGCCAAAGGCUCAAUAAUGUGAGCAUUUCUGAUGAAAACUUUCCGUUGUUAGCUAACCUGAGCUGAAAGCUCAAGUGAGCUUUUCUGAUCACCUUUUGUCCGUCGUCUGUCUGUCCAUCUGUAAACUUCUUACGUUUUCGACUUCUUCUCCCGAACCACUGGGCCAGAAAAGUUCAAAUUUAUAUGGAAGCUUCCUUACAUUGUGCAGAUUCAAGUUUGUUAAAUUUAUUGCCCUUGGAGUAGAGUGGGACCACAAUAAGAAAUAAGUUUUACAUGAAAAUAUAUAAGGAAAAGUCUUGAUAAAUCUUCUCAAGAACCACUAGUCCAGACAAGUUCAAAUUUACAAGACAGCUUUCUAACAUAGUGCAGAUUUAUGUUUCUAAAAAUGAUGGCCCACUGGGUAGGUUGGGGUCACAAUAGGGGAUCAAAUUUUACAUGCAAAUAUAUAGGUGAAAUUUUUUAAUAUGGGCCAAGGUGACUCAUGGGUUCUUUAUUUUCAUAUUGCAUUACAAAUGUCACAUCGGGCGGGGUAUUCAUGUCCUAUGGACAUAUUUCUAGUUGUCCAUUAAUUUUGUUUGUUGGUAUUAUAUUUCUCCCGAGCUUUUAGAAAAUGUUUUAUUAUUCCAUGUAAACCUGUUCACUUUUUAGCUCACCUGAGCUGAAAGCUCAAAUGAGCUUUUCUGAUCGUCUGUUGUCCGUCGUCUGUUUGUAAACUUUUUACAUUUUCGACUUCUACUCCAGAACCACUAGGCCAAUAAUAACAAAACUUAGCAAAACGCAUCCUUGGGUAAAGGGCUUUCAAGUUUGUUCAAAUGAAGGGUCAUGCCCACUUCAAAGGGGAGAUAACCACAAAAAUAGGGUGGGGUCAUUUAAAAAUCUUCUUCUCAAGAACCACUGGGUCAGAAGAGCUGAGAUUUACAUGAAAGAUUCCUGACAUAGUGCAGAUUCAAGUUUGUUAAAAUUAUGACCACCGGGAGCUGGAUGCCCCGGGGCCACAAUAGGGGAUACAAGUUUUACAUACAAAUAUAUAGGAAAAAUCUUUAAAACCCUUCUUCUCAAAAAUUACUGGGCCAGGAAAGUGGAAAUUUACAUGAAAGCUUUCUGACAUAGUGCAGAUUCAAGUUUGUUAAAAUCAUAACCCCCGGGAGUAAGAUGAGACAACAAUAGGGGGAUCAAAGUUUUACAUACAAAUAUAUAGGGAAAUCUUGAAAAAUCUUGUUCUCAAUAACCACUGAGCCAGAAAAGCUGAGAUUUACAUGAAAGCUUUCUGACAUAGUGCAGAUUCAAGUUUGUUAAACUUUUUACCCUUGGGGUUAAGUUUUACAUAACUAAUAAAUAGAAAUAAAUCUUUAAAAAAAUUCUCCCAAAGAACCAUUAGGCUAAAGAAGUUUACAUUUGCACAAAAGCUUCCUGACAUAGUGGACAUUGAAGUUUGUAAAAAUCAUGGUCCCCGCGGGUAAGAUGGGGCCACAGUAGGGGAUCAAAUCUUUACAUACAAAUAUAUAGGGAAAAUCAUUAAAAAUCUUCUUCUGAAAAAUCACUGGCCAGAAAAGUUUACAUUUACAUGAAAGCUUCAUGACAUAGUGCAGAUUCAAAUUUGAAAAAAUCAUGGCCCCAGGGAGUAGCUUGGGGCCACAAUGUGGAUAAAAGUUUUACAUGUCAAUAUAUAGGAAAGUCUUUAAAUAUGAGCCAGGGUGACUCAGGUGAGUAAUGUGGCCCAUGGGCUUCUUGUUUCAGAUUGACUGAUCUAUUUCUUUGAGACAUGUCUAUUUAAAAAAAAUUGUAAUAUCUUAUUCUGUCAGUACUAUCUUUUGUAUGUAGCACAGAAAGAUAAAAUGUUUGUAUUUGAUGCUGAUAUUUCUAAUGACAGUGGUAUACAUGUACUGACCUCAGCUCAGGUCAUCUGGUUGUCGUGAGAAACACAUGUAGCGGUCAGCCGGGUUCGAUCAUCGGUGGUCAGAUAGCUCAGUUGGUAGAGCACCUGACUAAAGAUUCAGGAGGUCCAGGUUUGAAUUCCGGCCUGGUCAGUUGCAUUUUCUCCUUUCCUGUUACACACAUCAUAUAUUUCAAGCAUUGAUCAUGUAUUUGGAGAUGGAAGAUGUUCACGUCGAUAAAGUUAUGAAAUGAUAGUGUAUAUUGCAGGGAGUAUUACCUCAAAUAUUAUAAAGAGGUGAACACAAUGAAAUAGAUCUUGUUCUGUCUCAUUUCCUAUUUUGGUUCAGAAAAAAAAUGUUUUAUGUUUGAAUGAAUAAAUGAUUGAGGUGAAAAUAAACAGUCUUUUUGGCCUUAA